AUGGAAGAGGAGUGAGGCCCAGGACUUGCAGGGGCUGGACUGGAUGGCCCUUGGGGUCCCUUCCAACCCGACCAUCCUACGGUUCCUCCUUGCUGAGGUCCAGAGGCCUCCCCUGGGCAAGGUCAGGGCAUGGACAGAGGCUGCCUGGCGCCCCCUGGAUGCUUCUCUGGGCUUCAGGAGGAGGCAUGCCAGGGUGGGGCUCAGAUUUCCCAUCGGGAAACGAAAGGCAGGGCCCCUCUUCAGGGCCCAGGGGUUCCCUUUGCAGGUCACAACCUGCCUUUAUUCCUGAACGGCCCUGAACGGAGUUGUGUUCGGAUCAGAGAGUUGUAGGUAACCCAGAGGUCAUCUAGCCCAACCCCAUAGCCCCUCUUCAGGGCAGCCCUACCACAAAGCAGUCACGUUUGGGGGUGAAAUCCAGAGGAGGCCUUUGACCUCCCGUCUUCAUCUGCAUUUUUACCAAAAAUUGCACCUCCAGAAUCCCUGACAGGUGGCCAUUCUGAGCUCCAGUUUGGGGUGGGGGGCUGAGAGGGUGAGACCCCCUCCGCUCCCGUCCCCCAGUCUGCCACCUGUUUUCUUCUCUCUCCCUCCAACUGGCCUCGCAGCUUGGCAUCCUGGCUAUUUGGGGAGCGGGGGUGCUAAAUGUGUGUCAUUCUCUCCCCACUUUUGGAGGGAGCUCGGCCCCACAGCCAACACCCCAAGCCCCCCCCCUUGUCCCGGCUUCAUCCGUCUGGGCGGAUGGGGAAGGCGAGGCCAUAAUCCCCCCCCCACUGUUCCCUUUCUCAGCAGGCAGGAAGAAAAGGGAGUUCCUGGCACCAGCGACACAUUGCUCCAGAGAGAGCCACUCUCUGCCAGGACCUGGUCCGCAGUGCCAUGGGGAACUUGCCGGGGGCCCUUUCCCCCUCCCAGACCCACUUCUGGAGUCUUGACCUCUGCUCCAGGCACCGGGCAUCCAUCGCGGAAGAAAGCGUCCCCACCAAGAAGUGCAGGUGAUAGCAGAAGGGGCCUCAGCCGAGAGCCCAGAGGGCUGGGGGGGGGGGAGAGACGUUGGGAGCCACGUUUGCGGGUGGGAGAGGAGAUGACCUGCAGGGAGUCCAGAAGGACUGUUGGGGGUUGAGGAAGUUGGGGACGUCCAGCCUGGACAGGAGAAGGUGGGUGGGUGAUUUCAGAGCUGUGUUUAAAUAUCUGGAGACCAAGCCUUGCAAGGAACGGUUGUGGGAGUUGGGUUUGUUUAGCUGGCAGCAGAAAAGAUUGAGGGAUGACCAGGAAUCAUAGGAUCAUCAGGUGGCUGAGUUGGAAGGGACCCUGAGAGUCAUCUCAUCCAACCCCCUGAGAUGCAGGAAUCUCAGCCAAAGCCAUCAAUAUCCAGAGCUGUUUGACAGCGGAACAGACUCCCUCCGAAGGUGGUGGCCUCUCCUUCCUGGGAGGUUUUUAAGCAGAGCUUGGCUGGCCAUCCGUCAGGGAUGCUUGAGCUGAGAUUCCUGCAUUGCAGGGGGUUGGACUGGAUGACCCCUGGGGUCCCUUCUCUGAUUCUAUGAACCUCUGCUUAAAAGCCCCACCACCUUCUUACUGUCAGAAUGCUCUUCCUGAUGUUGAGUCGGAAUCUCUUUGCUUGUGACUUGGAGUCAUGGGUUUGGGUCCUUCUCUCCAGAAGAGCAAGCUUGCUCCCUCUUCCAUGUCAAGGCCCUUGAGAUAUUUGAAGACGGCUCUCGUAUCUCCUCUCGGUCUUCAGAUAUGUGAAGGGCUCUCAUGCAGAAGAUGCAGCAAGCUUUCUUUCUCCUGCUCCAGAAGAGAGGAGCCAAACGGAUGGAUUGAAGCAGCAAGGAAGGAAAUUCUGAGUCAACGUUCGUGUUGCCGGACAAUUAAGAAGGGUUUUCUGAGGGUUUGGGUUGUCUGACAGUGACAUGGACGCCCUUGAAUGAUGGUUGGCUCUUCUUCACUGGAGGCUUUUAAAGAGAGGUUGGCUGGCCAUCGAUCGGCCUGGGAUUCUUUCACUGGGAAUCCUGCAUUGCAGGGGGCUGGGUCCCCUUCCAAACACACAAUUCCACAAUUCUGUGGACUUUGCUGGGGUCAAGCCAGAUGGGAUCCCUUGGAGGAAGAGGAGGUGUCCUCAGUUCCUCUGCUGGCAUCGGAAGGACUCCCUGGGUGGGCUUUCCUUCCAUGCCAGGGGUCCCCAGGGUUGCCUCCUGGCCCUCUGCAGCUUGGCUUCAUCACUUGUUCAACUCUGAGACCAGUAGUGUUGGGAGGGACCCCAAGGGUCAUCCAGUCUGCCCCUCCUGCAAUGCCAAAAUUGCAGCUGGGGCGUCCCUGGUAGGUGCCCCCCAACCUCUGCUUAAAACCUUCCCCUGGUCCCGGAUCCCCCCUUUUUUAAGCACUCUGGCCUUCUCUUUGGGCCUCCCUUUGGAUCUGCUCUUCCAGGGAGGACUUGUCCCAUCCAAUCCUCACCCCGGCCUUGUGGGAAUCGGUUGGGCCAAGCGACAGGCCCAGAGGCCCCUUCCCGUUUUCUGCAUGGCAGGCGCUGAGCUGCUCUGGGGGGCACAAGGUUUUCCUCUGGAGGGGGCCUGGCCUAGGUGUCCUUUGUGAUCCCCCCCUCCUUUCCCUGCCAUUGCUCUGGGCCCCCAAGUCAACCAUUCUCCCCACCCCCAGAUCGGACUGCCUUGCCUUCCCCUGUCCCAGCAUUGGGGUCCCUCCCUGACUCUCCCUUUUUUCUGGGGACCUGGGUUUGGGGGCAUCAUCUCAGGGUUGGCUUGCAGAUUGUCAGGGGGGGUCAUGUCUUCCCCUGCUUUUGAGGUUGACCUGCCUCGAACGCUUUAGUUGGGGUUCCCUCCUUGCAGGGGGUUGGGCUAGAUGACCCCUGGGGAUCCCUCCCAGCUCUUCAGUUCUGUGAUUCUCUGGUUCCAGCUGCCCAGUUGCCCACCCAGCUGAGCGCCCCGCCGAACCCCCCAAGUACACCCGGCUGAAGAACUGGCAGACGGGCUCCAUCCUGUAUGACACUCUCAAUGCCCAGACCUUGCAGGUGAGGCCUCUGAGGUGGGGGGGGCUCCCCUCCCUUGGGUAUCUCAGCCAGCCAGCCAGAAGGCUGCUUGGGCAGCUGCUGCUGCUCACCUCUCUGCCCCUGGGGCAAAUCCCACCCCCCAGCCAGAAUCCCGAGGAAGUGAGUCAGCACGUUGUCACCUUCUGUGUGUUCUCCACCCUCUUCCAAAUAUACGUAAGAACAGGGCUGGCCCAAGACAUCAGCGGGGGGGGGGGGGGAGAGAGAGAGAGAGAAGGAGGAAACCGAUCAGGCCUCCUCAGCCACAGUGGGUGAUGCAGUCUGUCCAGGCCGGAUCAGCUGCCCCCCAGGAUCCUGCCCCUUCACCUUGCCUUGUGGAUGGGCCAGCCCUGCCUAAGAGCAGAAGGAGAGCCUGCCGGAUCAGGCCCAAGGGAGCCCCUCUAGCCCAGCUUCCCCUUCACACAGGUGAACCAGAUGCCCCCAUGCGGGAUCCCAGCCCCAGAGCCUCUCUCUCCCCUCUGGGGUUUCCAGCACCAGGGAUGCAGAAUCAUGGCCGCCUCCGACAGAGCCCACCCCUGGGGGCUCCUUGCCAUUGGUAGCCCCCCCUCCAUGCAUUUCUCUGAUCCUCUUUUAAAGUUGGCGGCCAUCCUGCCUCCUGGGGAAGUGAGUUCCAUAGUUUAACUUGGCGCUGCCUAAAGAAGGACUUUCUUGGGUCUGUCCUGAACCUUCCAGCCCUGGGCUUCCUUGCAUGUCCACAGGUUCCAGUCUUUUGAGAGAGGAGGAAAGCUCUUUUCAUCCCACUUUCUCUAUGCCAGGCAUAAUUUUACAAACUUCUUCCUAGGGGAAUCACUCCAUCCCCCUGACCAUCUGGACUGCUUUUCCCCCACAUUGUUUCCAACUCUUCCGUGUCCUUUUGGCACAGAAGGUGACCAGAUGUUCUGGAGCUCCCAGGCCCCAUAUAAUCCCAGACCAACUGGGCUGAUGAAAGCCCCGCCCCCACAUUUGGGGCUCCAGGGGUUCCCCUGCCUGGCUUCAGGGGCCAACCAGUCCUGUGUCAGCAGGGAGGGGAGCAGCUGGCCAGGAGAUGGAUGUUGCGGCUGGGAAGGGGAGCCUCCUGAUGGGGCUGGGGAGUGAAGAGCCUUCGCCGCUGCAGCCCCUUCCCCUCUUUCUCUGCAGAAUGUGCCGUGCAAUGAGAGGCGCUGCCUGGGCUCCGUCAUGUUCCCCAAGCAGAUGUGUGCUGCUUCGGAGGGCCCCCGCCCCACGGAAGAGCUCCUGCCCCUGGCGCGGGACUUCAUUAACCUCUACUACCACUCCAUGAAACGGUGAGUCUCUGGGAGCCUUGCUCAGCCCCAUCUCUGGUGGGUGCCAUGGCGAAGCUGCACCCAGACCAGGCUCUUGAGGCUCCCUUCAGUCAAUGCGGGGCCUGGCCCACAUCCUGGCCUCCGCCUGGGGGGCUCCUGCCUCCCCCAAGCCACCUUGCCUGGAAUGGCAAUCUGCUGGCCACUUACAGAAUCCAGACAUUGUUCUCCAAGCCUGGCAUUUCUGUGUUCUGUUAUCCCUUUUCCUACUUCGGACCUGACUUGGGGUGAGUUUUGUACGUUCCUGUGAAAUACAAUUGCAGCAUUGCCUGAUUUGGAGCUUGCAGGGUGCGGUUAAGGCUUUUCAGGACUCGUGCCCCAUUAGUUAGCAGCGUCCUGUUUUUUCAGCCACAAAGGAGAUUUGUUUUUUUAGUUAGUAGAUUCCUGUUUGCAGCUUUCAUUGCUUCCCGUUUAGCAUGGUAAAAGGGGCAGGAGUUGCAAGGUGGAAGCUUUUAACGAACAUUGCCGGAGAUUUUUGCUGAACAGGACUUAGUUCUGCAUGUAGGAGGGUCUUGGCCGUCGGCAGGGUGCCGCUGGAUUAUAUCAAGUGCAAUAUGGCCUCAUGGUUCUGAUUCCACUUACAGCCAAUUGUGGAGAAGAGUCGUAAACAAAAUCUGCCCUUUUUCCCUUAUGGGGUAUCCAAGAGCCCAUAUAGAGGCCUUACAUAGGUUCCCUAUUGGUAGGAGAAAAUAACAGAGGCCAACCAGAGAAUAUUGAGAAGCAAAGCAGCUCGUAAGCCUGAUCUUUAUUGAUCUGUUGCAACAGGGUGCUCCCCUCACUCGCAGGAAAGGAGGAGGAACCCCGAACCAAGGUGUGCCUGCCCUUAUAUAGACAUUUUAAAUCUCCUGCCCUGGAGCUCAAGACCACCCCCCACAAACAUCAUACCUACAUCACAGAAAAGGUGGUCUACAACAGAAAUCUGAGUGACUUGUUUAUAUCGUCUGACAGGUUACCUGUUUAAUGGUCACUUGAUUGGAUACCCUGGGGAGCCUGGCCAGUCUCUUGUAAUGAUAAAUACUUAUUUCUUGAGCCAGGUCACAGGCUCACCCUAUUCAAACACAGACAUACCCUUAAGACAGGAUUUGUGAAGGAAAAGACAAUGGGGUGGCUUUUCCAUUUUCCUUUGACCUUGCAGAGAAAACAUUUGCUCAGUUUGGGACAGUUUGGGAAUCAAAAUGGUUCCAGGUCAGUCUUCUUGUGCUGAUCUAUGUACACGUUUGGCUGGUACACUUAAGAACAUUUAACAUAUAUCUAAGAGCUCAAAAUUCCUAUCACAGAAGCAAUCUAAGGGACGUGAUGUGGGAGCAGCCCAGAUUCCCUUGCAGAGUCCACUCCUGUUGAUGCACCCCCAGCCAUAAGCCUCCUCUGCCAUGGCUUCCCCCAGGUGGUUCAACCCCCCCCCCCAGCUCUCACGAAGGCUGAUCUGUGGGAACAUGGAGUUCCCCAAUUCCUGCGCCCCACACUCUUCCCCUCCCACAUGCUUCUAAAUGCCACAGUCUAGUCAGAGAUUUCCACCCGUCCUAAGAUAACAACUGUGCAUGAUGGCUUAUCUAUGGCGAAAGAGGUGUGAGUCAAUAGUCCCUGAGCCUGGGCGAAGUGCUGCGUCCCAAGGUUGGCACCCCUUGGAUUUCUUACGGGGGGGGGGAUCCCUGCAGCUCCUUGCUCCCCAGUUGGAAUGGGCAGAAGGCAGGGCUCUCUUGCCAUCUCCUAAGAAGGCUUCCUCCCCCCAGCAGCUUUCCUCCCCUUACUCCUGAGUAGCCCCCUUUGUGAGGCAGGGAGACAAGCCUGGGAGGGGGCGGGGGCACCCCUUCUGGGCCCCAGGGAGCUGCUCUUUGCCUUCACUCCUUUGUUCUCUGCAGGACUCCUGACUUGGGUGGAUGUUAUCUGAGGGCUUUUCCUCUCUCAGCUGUUUCUUCCUGUCCCCCCCAGAAGCCUCUGAUGUCAGGAGCAGACUUUUCUCUAGCCUGCUGCCCCCCCCUUGCAAAAACAUUCAGAUGACUCCUAAAACCUUUAUCUUGCCUGCAGAAUGGAAAGCUGUGCGCUUGUCUUUUGCAGCAGAGCAAACCCUGUUCCCACUUGUCUGGCAGCAGAAUCUGUCCCACCCCCACCCCGCUUCGACCUUGUCCGCCUGGUUCGGCUGCUUGGGAAUUUCCACCCUCAAAAAGAAAUCCAGCUUUUGGAGGAUGGAAGAAAAUGAGCGUCAGGAGAGCCUGGUGCCUAAUGGGGGGGGGGGCAGGGGCAGCCCAGAUUGUGCUUCAACUGGUUCCCAGCCAGAUGCCCCCCCCCAGGUCAAGAGCGCCAUAUCCCCCUUUGGGUCCCCCAGCAAUUUGCCUCUCCAGGUGGGGCUGAUCCUGGAGGCCAUAAAUAGCCCCCACGGGGAGGGGCCGUGAUGCUCAGAGACAGGGAUGCUUCCGGGUACCAGCUGCUGGAAAGUGCAGGAGGGGAAGAAUCCUGGCUGCGAGCUUCCUGGGUGGCCUCUGUGCAAGGAGGAUGCUGGACUAGGUGGGCUCUGUUAAGGGGAAAUAGAACUCAGGGUUCCCCAAGGGUUUCCCAACUUUGCCAGGACCUGGUCCUGCGGGUUCAAAUCGGUCCGGUUCAAGCAAGAGACGCCCGCCAAGUUAGCAAAGCCAAAGAGCAGCAAUUUAGCCUGAUGGUUGCAACAAGGUUCCAACUCCCAAGCAGGCAAAGAAGAAGAACCGAAAACAAAAGCUUACACCCACUUUCAAAAGUUUCCAGAGUUUCCCAUCAUACAUGUCACGAAGCAUCGUAGAAAUGUCAGAGGAGGAGGUUUGGGGACAGGCAGAAAUCUGUGUCCCAGCCGUGUCCCCUGUCCCUCAAGGCAGCGAUUAGAACUCCGUCUCUCACCUUCCAGAGAAAGUGUUUCCGUUCCCUUUGCUCUCUGGAUUCAGUUGCCCCCUCUAUUCCUGCUGCACCUGGUGAACCCCCGCCUGGGAUGGAGGUCCCUGCAUGUAGUGUGAGGGGGAUAUUGCCCAGUCUGCUAGCCAGGAGGGAGGUCCUGAGGACGGGCUCUUCUUCCCCAGGUCUUCUUCCCUGUGCAAUCUCUUAAUCGCCUUUGGAACCAAAGAAAGCCAUUUGUUUGGCUAUUUUGGUGAAUUUCUGUUUUUCAGGUAAUGGGGUUUACUUGCCUUGUUCUGGUAAGAUGGCUGUAGGCAUUAGUUCCUGGGGGGUUGAAUGGGUGGAGUGUGUGUGUGUGUGUGUGUAUGUGCACGCGCACACCCACACCCACACUUUGUUUCAAGUCUCUGUAAUGCUUCUGAUGUGCUGGUUGGGGACACCCCCUGUGCCCGUAAGAGGCCCCCUUUGGCCUGAUCCAGGGUGUUCUCUGGAUGUUUUCAGGCUCUAGCACCACGGCAGAGCCCCUGCCCUGCAUGCAGAAGGACCCGGGUUCAACUCCUGCUGGCGGAGUCUCCAGGCAGGGCUGAGGGAGACUCCUUGCUUGAAACCCAGGGAGAGCCAUUCUGCCCCCCCCUCCAUCAUUUGGGUGGCCCUUUUCUGAACCUUUUCCAACUCUCCAAUAACCUUUUUGAGAUGAGGUGACCAGAACCAGACCCAGUGCUCCAGGUGCGGUGGCACCAUAGAUUUUAUUAUUUAUUUAUUUAUUUAUUUAUGUGUGCAUUGGUGGCAUUGGCCUGAUGCAGGGAGUUCCAAAGGGUAUGGGUGACGCUCCCCUAGAAGAUGGUCCCCCGUCCUGCCACUCAUCCCCUGGCCUGGGGCGGGGCCUGGGGGGCUCUAUAAAGGGCUGGUGCUGGGCAGAGAGGGCUCCGUUUUGUUUUGUUUUUGUUUUGUUGUUUAAAGUGCUGCUAUUUUUUACCUAUGUCAUUUUAAACUGUGAUAUUAAUGCUAUGAUUUAUGUGGAAAUUGUUUUCCAUUUGGUUGUGUAUUUUUUUGAUGUGGUUUAUUUAUUGUUUAUGACUUUUGUAAUUAUGUAAAUCUUGUCAUGUUGUAAGCCGCCUUGAGCAUUGUUUUUACCUGUGGAAAGGUGGCACACAAAUAAAGGUGGGCAUCACAAGCUGCUGGUAGUGGUGCCAGUUCUGCCCCUCGAAGUGGGGGGGGUGCAUGUGGGGCAGGAUGAUUUCGGUUCUCGCCUGAGUUGGGGGGCCGUGGGAAGAGCAGGCUGUGGGGCAGGCGGGGAGGCAGAAGGAGUCCCUGGAGCUGCCCUGCCUGCUGCCCCACCUGAGCCCCUCCCCCACUCCAUUUCUCCGCAGCUCCGAGUCCCAGGCCCACCUGCAGCGCCUCCAGGAGGUGGAGCAGCAGAUUGCGGAGACAGGGACCUACCAGCUGCUGCAGGCAGAGCUGAUCUUUGGGGCCAAGCACGCCUGGCGCAACGCCUCCCGCUGCCUGGGCCGGAUCCAGUGGAACAAGCUGCAGGUGCGUCUGGGGGGGGGGCAGCGGAAGCAGCAGGGAGCCCUGAGCUAGGCUGCCCCUUCCCGGGGGGGGGGGCUUCUCUUGCAUAGACUUCACCCUUCUGCCCCCCAGCCCUGGUCAUUUUGGGUGCUUGGGGAGUCAGGUCCCAUCAGCAUCUUCUGUGCUCCUUUCCGGGAUCCAGAUGUGCUGCUCUCUCGGCCCCAUGCAGAUGUUUGGGCCUUUGGUAUCUUGGCAGGAGGAGGCAAGAUUGUGACCCUUGCCCGCCCCCCCCCCAGCAGCCGGCCUUUGCUGCCCAUCCUGGCACCUGACCCUUUGACCUUCCUUGUUCUCUUCCCCUCCAGGUGUUUGAUGCCCGAGAUUGUGCCAGCGCCCAGGAGAUGUUCACCUCCCUCUGCACCCACAUCAACUAUGCCACCAACCGCGGAAACCUCCGGUGAGGGACCCCUUUUGCUUCCCUCCACGCUGCCCGGUGCCCAGGGGACUCAGCCUUUGCUGGGAGGGGCUGCUGCCAUUUCCCCUCCCUGGCAGGUGGUGGUGGCACGGCUGAUGCUACCAGUUUGAGCUGAGCACUCUGCUUUUCUCCCACAGCUCAGCCAUCACCAUCUUCCCAAACCGGAUAGCCGGCCGGGGCGACUUCCGCGUCUGGAACCAGCAGCUGAUCCGCUAUGCAGGCUACGCGCAGCCGGACGGCACCAUCCUGGGAGACCCGGCCAACGUGGAUUUCACGGAGGUGAGAAGUGGCUCUCCUCUUCCACCCCCAACCAGGACCAUUCAUGGCUCCUAGCAUUUGAGCCUCCAUUCACAAUAGUGAAGAGAGCCAGUGUGGUGUAGUGGUUAAGAGCGGUAGUCUCGUAAUCUGGGGAACCGGGUUCGCGUCUCCGCUCCUCCACAUGCAGCUGCUGGGUGACCUUGGGCCAGUCACACUUCUCUGAAGUCUCUCAGCCCCACUCACCUCACAGAGUGUUUGUUGUGGGGGAGGAAGGGAAUGGAGAAUGUUAGCCGCUUUGAGACUCCUUAAAGGGAGUGAAAGGCAGGAUAUCAAAUCCAAACUCUUCUUCUUCUUCUUCUAGUCAUCUGUUUGUUUUGUAAUAAUAUAUAUUGCCUGAUCCAGAGGCUGCAGUCAGUGCAGGAUGCUGCAGCGCGAUUGCUGACGGGAGCGAGGCCUCGGUGCCACAUCGCCCCUUUGCUGCUCAGAGAUCUGUGCCAGUUGCCCCUUUGCAGGCUGAGUCCAAGGCAUUGCUAAGCGUCUAUCUAAAGCAGAGCUUUCCAAACUCUGUUGCGACACAUUUGUGCGUUGGCUGCAGUGUGUAACUGUGCUGCGCAAUAUGUGUCCUCUUAUAGGGGUUAGAAUCAUAGAAUCAUAGAAUCAUAGAGUUGGAAGAGAUCACAAGGGCCAUCGAGUCCAACCCCCUGCCAAGCAGGAAACACCAUCAGAGCACUCCUGACAUAUGGUUGUCAAGCCUCUGCUUAAAGACCUCCAAAGAAGGAGACUCCACCACACUCCUUGGCAGCAAAUUCCACUGUCGAACAGCUCUUACUGUCAGGAAGUUCUUCCUAAUGUUUAGGUGGAAUCUUCUCUCUUGUAGUUUGGAUCCAUUGCUCCGUGUCCGCUUCUCUGGAGCAGCAGAAAACAACCUUUCUCUCUCCUCUAUGUGACAUCCUUUUAUAUAUUUGAACAUGGCUAUCAUAUCACCCCUUAACCUCCUCUUCUCCAGGCUAAACAUGCCCAUCUCCCGUAGCCGUUCCUCAUAAGGCAUCGUUUCCAGGCCUCUGACCAUUUUGGUUGCCCUCCUCUGGACACGUUCCAGUUUGUCAGUGUCCUUCUUGAACUGUGGUGCCCAGAACUGGACACAGUACUCCAGGUGAGGUCUGACCAGAGCAGAAUACAGUGGCACUAUUACUUCCCUUGAUCUAGAUGCUAUACUCCGAUUGAUGCAGCCCAGAAUUGCAUUGGCUUUUUAGCUGCCGCGUCACACUGUUGGCUCAUGUCAAGUUUGUGGUCAACCAAGACUCCUAGAUCCUUUUCACAUGUACUGCUCUCAAGCCAGGUGUCACCCAUCUUGUAUUUGUGCCUCUCAUUUUUUUGCCCAAGUGCAAUACUUUACAUUUCUCCCUGUUAAAAUUCAUCUUGUUUGUUUUGGCCCAGUUCUCUAAUCUGUCAAGGUCGUUUUGAAGUGUGAUCCUGUCCUCUGGGGUGUUAGCCACCCCUCCCAGUUUGGUGUCAUCUGCAAAUUUGAUCAGGAUGCCCUUGAGUCCAUCAUCCAAGUUGUUGAUAAAGAUGUUGAAUAAGACCAGGCCCAAGACAGAACCCUGUGGCACCCCACUAGUCACUCUUCUCCAGGAUGAAGAGGAACCAUUGAUGAGCACCCUUUGGGUUCGGUCAGUCAGCCAGUUACAAAUCCACUGAGUGGUAGCAUAGUCAAGACCGCAUUUUACCAGCUUCUUUACAAGAAUAUCAUGGGGCACCUUGUCAAAUGCCUUGCUGAAAUCAAGGUAGGCUACAUCCACUGCAUUCCCUUCAUCUACCAGGCUUGUAAUUCUGUCAAAAAACGAGAUCAGGUUAGUCUGACAUGAGUUAUUUUUCAGAAAUCCAUGCUGACUAUUGGUGAUCACAGCAUUCCUUUCUAGGUGCUCACAGACUGUUUGCUUAAUGAUCUGCUCCAGAAUCUUCCCUGGUAUUGAUGUCAGACUGACUGGGCGGUAAUUAUUUGGGUCCUCUCUUUUCCCCUUUUUGAAAAUAGGGUCAACAUUUGCCCUCCUCCAGUCUGCCGGGACUUCGCCUGUUCUCCAGGAAUUCUCAAAGAUGACUGCCAGUGGUUCUGAGAUCACAUCUGCCAGUUCUUUUAAUACUCUUGGAUGCAGUUCAUCUGGCCCUGGAGACUUGAAUACAUCUAAACUAGUCAAGUAUUCUUGUACUAUCUCCUUAGUUAUUCUGGGCUGUGUUUCCUUUGCUGAAUCAUUUGCUCAGGUUUGCUAGUAAAACUGAAUUACUGUCGCGAAAUGAUGCAUGUCUCAAAAGUGCGUCACCAACAUGAAAAGUUUGGAAAGCUCUGAUCUAGAGCCUGUAACAACUUGGAACCAGUUUACCUGUGAGAUGCCUGAGCCUGUAUGUGCCACUUGAUUGGCAAACUGCCACUGUUACCUGUUCCGCAGUUGUAAGAACUCAGUAUUUUAUUGUGGCAGCAGCUGCACUUUGGAACUCCCUGCCUCUUGAUACCAAGCAGACGCCUUCCCAGUACGCUUUUUGCACCUGCCAAAAACAUUUUUGUUUUGACAAGUCUGUGUAAUGGUGCAGCAAUAAAAUCGCUAGCACAUCUACAAAGCUAAUCCGGGUCCGGUCUGGUUUCAACUUGCAUGGGGGACCACAUGCUGAGAUUCCUGCCUUGCAGGGGGUGGAGCUAGAUGACCCUCAGGGUCCCUUCCAGCUUUAUGAUUAUGUCAUUUAGAAAAUUGAUGUGAAUUUUAAUCUGCCUUGUGCGUUUUCUUUUAACUUUUUGAUUGCCUUAAAUGAUCAUUGCUGAUUUUUCUUAGUGACAAUUUUAAUGUUUUAUCUUUUGUGCAAAUCGCUUUGAGGUUUUCUCUUUACAAUCUUUACAAUCAAGCAGCGCAUAAAUUUUAUGCAAUAAAGCAACAGAAUUAUUAAAGUAUGUUGCCCAACCGCCCGUCUGGGUUCUUUCUGCACCUCUCCAAAAGCCAACCUGCCCUUCCCUCUGACUCUGAGUGGAUGCUGGAUAUGGGGAGCAGCCCCCCAAGGAGGCUCUGUGACCCCCAACCUUCAGGAAAAGCAAAAGGGGGUCCUGGAGGUGCCUCUGAGGUUUCCCACAGCCUCCCCCUCCUGCUUCUCCAGCUGCCCUGUGUUUGCCGCGGCCCAUUGAGGACCCGGCCACACAAAACCCUUGCUUGGCUUUGCUGCAGCAGUGGCCGAAGGCUGCCCCUCUCCCCUGGGAUUUCCUGCCCACCAUGGACGGCUCUCUCUGUCGGUUUCCAGGUGGGCUCAGGGGUCUCUUGCCUACCAGUCUCUCCCCCCCCCCCCAGGUCUGCGUUCAGUAUGGCUGGCGGCCCCCCAGGGGGCGCUUUGACAUCCUCCCCCUGCUGCUUCAGGCACCCGAUGAGGACCCCGAAAUCUUUCCCCUGCCAGGGGAGCUGGUCCUGGAGGUCCCCAUCUGCCACCCCACGUGAGUGCCAGGAAAGGGGGUGGCACUGGGUGUGGGGAGGGGGGGACGUGGGGGGGAGUGAUGGCAGCGCUCUUGCCGAUUGCAACGGUCGUCCCCAAAGGCUGCCAAGGACUUUCAUGGAAUCAUGUAGAGUUGGGAAAAAACCCCAGGGGUCAUCUAGUCCAACCCCGGCAAGGCAGGAAUCGCAGCUCCCCCUUCUGACACCUGCCUUCCUCUUCCAGGCUCAAGUGGUUCAAGGAUCUGGGCCUCCGCUGGUACGCCCUCCCUGCGGUGGCGAACAUGCUCCUGGAGAUCGGGGGCCUGGAGUUCCCGGCGGCCCCCUUCAGCGGCUGGUAUGUCGGCUGUGAGAUCGGCAUGAGGAACUUCUGUGACUCCCAGCGCUACAACCUCCUGCAGGUAGGGGUCGUCUGGGGGAAGCCCCCCCCCGCCCUGGCCCCCUUCCUCCCCUCUGCUCCCCCGAUCAUGACUGAUACAGAACAGAAGAAGAGUCAACUGGCCCAUCUGUCCCCCCCCCAAUUUUUUUUAUUGAUUUUCAAAUUUAUAAACAAACAUAAAUCCUAACUAUAAUUAUUCCACUAUUAUUAACAUUGUUAGGUGACUUCCUCGAGUCCCCUUGGCUGAGUUUCAAUGUACCGGUAUAUCAGUGUAACAGUUUUCCAAAACUAAUUUCUCAUAAAAUUUACUUAGUCAAUUAACAUCUUUCUUUCUUACCAUAUUAACUUUAAACGUAUUAUUCUAUAAAAUCACAUAUUUAAAUCCUAAGCCAAUCUGGUAUUUGCAAGUAUUUCUAUUUAAGUUAUCUUAACAUAUUUAGCUAAAUAGUCUUUGAAUUUCAUCCAUUCCUCCUGGUACUCCUCCUCCUUCUGGUCACGGACUCUUCCGGUCACGUUGGCCAGCUCCCAAAAGUCCAUCAUCUUCAUCAUUCUCCACUGUUGGCACUUCUUGUGCUUUCCAAUUUUUGGCUAACAAAAUCCUAGCACCAGCUGUGGCAUACAAAAACAAUCUAAUGUCUUUCUUGGGCAAUUCCAAACCUAUUAUUCCAACAAGAAAGGCCUAUGGAUUCUUAAUAAAUGUAUAUUUCAACAUUUUUUCCAAUUCAUUAUAAAUCUUCUCCCAGAAGUCUUUCACCUUGGGGCAUGUCCACCACAUAUGAUAAAAGGUACCUUCUUUUUCUUUACAUUUCCAACAUAAAUUAUCACUAUUGUGAUAAAUCUUUGCUAAUUUUACAGGAGUUAAGUACCAUCUAUACAUCAUUUUCAUAAUAUUUUCCUUUAACACCGUACAUCUGGCCCAGCAUGCUGUUCUCACAGGGGCCAAAUACCCAUAGGAACCUAGGAAUCUAGAUAAAAAGGUAAAGGGACCCCUGACCAUUAGGUCCAGUAGUGACUGACUCUGGAGUUUCGGCGCUCAUCUCGCUUUAUUGGCCGAGGGAGCCAGUGUACAGCCUCCGGGUCAUGUGGCCAGCAGGACUAAGCCGCUUCUGGCAAACCAGAGCAGUACGGAAACGCCGUUUACCUUCCCGCCGGAGUAGAUACUUGCACUUUGACGUGCUUUUGAACUGCUAGGUGGGCAGGAGCAGGGACCGAGCAACAGGAGCUCACCCCGUUGCGGGGAUUCGAACCACUGACCUUCUGAUUGGCGAGUCCUAGGCUCUGUGGUUUAACCCACAGUGCCACCUGUGUCCCUAGGAAUCUAGAUAGACUGCCCCUGGUGCUGGAGGUUUCACUCAUAGCAAGAGACCUGACUGGAGCAGGCCGAUGGCUCAUCUGGUGCAGCAAGUAGCCAACCUGAUGCCUCAGCGGGAAACGCGCAGGCCGGAUCCGAGCCCAAUUCUCCUCCCCUGCAGUUCCAGAAGCAUUGCUGUCUCCGACUGUGGAGGGCAGGGCAGGGCCCCCAUUGCCAGGAGCCCCUGGUAUUGGAGCAGGCUGGUAGGUCUUAUUAGGCAGGUGAGGGAAUAUGCUGACUGUAUUUUAUCCCUCUGGAGUCCCGCAGGUGUGGGUGGAGACAAGGAGACAAGGUGGCUGCAAAUACAGAGCUUUUGGAGACUCUCCCACGAGAGAAAGGCCUCUCAGCAGAGUGUAAAUCCCAUCUUAAGCACAGGAAAUAAGCCUUAGGCUGAUCUCCCCCUUUAGUUUUCCUGUUUAUCAAAGAAACAGGCUACAGACUGAGAAAUAACUUUAAAACAUAUAGUUUAAUCCAGCAUUUGUGCGGCAACAGCAGUAAAAAGUAAUGCAGGUAGAAUACUUGACUUUGCAGCAAAAAGAAAGCGAGUAGAAGAGGAACUACUUCUUCCCUCCCAGGAGAGGAGGGGAAGUGACAUCGCACAGAGCCUUCUCUACCAAUUACGUUUCUAUGGUCUGAGCCAGCCUAUCAGCAAUUCAGCUCUAUGGUCUUAACCCUUUCAGCUGCUAACUAGGAAGAAUGUGCCUUGUGAGAUUGGAUGGUGCGUCUUCCACGCAGGCGGCGUAAAGGUCCUGCCCCCCCAACCGAAAUGUGUCUUUGCAGGAGGUGGCUGAGCAGAUGGGGCUGGACACCCAGACAACCUCCUCCCUCUGGAAGGACAAGGCGGCCGUGGAGAUGAAUGUGGCCAUUUUGCACAGUUUCCAGGUGAUGGAUUGGAUGGGGAGACAAGGGAGUGAGGCACAGGUGGGGAGGGGGGGAGGAAGAGGAGGAAGAGAGCUUGCUGGGAAUUCACCCCCCGCCAGCCCCCUUUCCUGGGUAAGAGCAUAAGACUAGAUGACUCUUGGGGUCUCUUGCAGCUCUAUAAAUUCUGUGAUUUUAUGAUUCUGCGAUCAGCUUCACGGAAUCCCUGCAAGUUCUGGUGCCGGGGGAGAAAACCUUUCCUCUCUCCACUUUUUUCAUGACAGGCAUCCUUUUACAAGCAUCUACUUUGUCGCCUAUUUCUCCCUUCUCUAUACAAAAAUAUCCCAAACGCUGCCCCCUUAGAGGAUUCCCUCCAGAGACGCAGGAUUCUCUGGGCUUUGGGCCUUUUUGGAGGGGGAGGGCGGACCUUUCUGAGAGUGGCGGCUGCCUCUUGAACUAGCGUGGAUUGAGCUCCCCUCUGUGGUGGGUCCCCAGGUCCCCACAGCCAGGAGGUGGAGAAACACGGAGGAAGGAAGCCGCCUUCAGCUACUCUUCCCUCCAGGGCGCCAGGCAGUGGGGGUGCAGAAUGGGAGAGUUGGAAGGGGACCCCCAAGGGCCAUCUAGUCCAACCCCUGCAAUGCAGGAAUCGCAAGCCCCCCGCAGCCCUACCAGGAGAUGCUGGUGCUGCCCCCACCAGGGACUGGACCCGGGACCCUUUCUCGUAAGGCUUCUGGGUGACAGGGGGCUGGGGUAGGGCUUCCCCGCCUUGCCCUGACCUUGCCUCUUCCUGCAGCUGGCCAAGGUGACCAUCGUGGACCACCACGCCAUCGCCGACUCCUUCAUGAAGCACCUGGAGAACGAGCAGCGCCUGCGCGGGGGCUGCCCCUCCGACUGGGUCUGGCUGGUGCCCCCCAUCUCCGGCAGCCUCUCCCCUGUCUUCCACCAAGAGCUGGUCAACUACCAGCUCUCUCCUCUCUUCCGGUACCAGGUGAGACCCCCCAAGGGGCUCCAGAAGAGGCUGCCCAGUGGGGAGGUGCUGCCUGCCCUCUGCGUGGCAAAGGGGUGCAGAGAGGAGGUGUUUGUGCCCAGGAGCGCCUCCUACAGGCAUCUCCAUGAUGUCAUGGGCACAGAAAUGCCAGCUCACAUCUCUCCCGCCCCCCAUUUAACCAGGAUCCUUGCCCUUUUUAGGGGGGAGAUCUGUUGUUGGUAACCAUUAAUGUCUAACUGAACCAUCCCUUUUGCAAUAUAUACAUUUUUGCAUAAAGUUCUUUAGCAUUUCAUUUUAGUUUUUAUGUAAAAUAGAGAGAAUAUUUAUAACAACAGUUAGAAAUUGAAAGAUGGAAAACAAAAUGAUAAAGGAGAAUAGCAAGGUCCAAGUAAAGGAUGUCAGCGUGAUCCAAAUAUCGAGUCGAGUUCCAGAUUCACCAGGCUGGCGACGAGGUUGCCUUUAUAUGCCCUAAAAGGAAUGCCAAAUCCUAUAAAAUCAAGAAAAAAAUCACAAUAGAUGCUAGGAGAGGAUAUAUUUAUUAGAUAUAUCCUUCCUUCCCCACAUUUGAGUUCAGCAAAGUGCAUCCCUUUGCAACUUAAACGGAAGGUUAUUGUGGGUUUUCUGUACAGACACACAAAUAGAUAUAGAUGCGCUAAGCCCACAACUCAUGCACAUUUUACUUGUUCACAUUCAACUUUAUGCACGUGGCAAAAUAAAACAAAACGGGGUCCAGGCAUCCAGGAAAAAAUACUUUGGCAAUUCUGCCUGCCGUUGCACCCAAUGUGUUUUCACCAAAUGCAAUUUUGGCUUUAGACACAAUCCCCAGAACAGAACCUGCAUAAGUUGCGAGCAUACUGUACGGUUAGGAAGGCAUUAUAUAUACAAAGAAUGCAAGGCUGUUGUCACCCUGCAGUUUGCUUGGCUGCCACUGGGGGCGCUGCUAGCUGCAGUGUUACAAUGGACUCCUGAGAGCUGCUUUGCGAAAUAACCUUUUUUUCUGGGGUGGGGGGAGGCGUUUCAAGGCUUGUGACCCCGUCCCCUGUCCUGCUUCCUCAUUCCCAUGCUGUUCCCACAGAGCGACCCCUGGAAAACCUACAUCCCCAAAGGCACCACUGUCACCCGAAAGAAGACCUUCAAGGAGAUUGCCAAGUAGGUCCUUGCGGGGGGAGGAAGUGGGUCGCGUCUUGGAGGGGGGGAGUGCAGGGAGUGGGUCAUUCCAUCAGCACAAAGGGCUCUCAGCCGUGCCAAGGAAUAAGAAUUGUAGAGUGGCAAGGGAGCCCCAAGGGUCAUCUAGCCCAACCCCCUGCAAUGUGGGAAGCACUGUUUCUUGAGAGCUCUGAGGCAGGACUAGGGUGGGGGUGGGCAGCAGCUUGGGGGGGCACACAAUUCCAAGCCCUCCUCUGAAGAAACAGGGGCAGGAACUUGCUUCUAGCACCUCCUCAGAAAUCUUCCUGGAUGCUUUGAAUGUCCAGAGCAUGUGCAGAGUGCAUUAUGGCUCCGGAAGAGGCCAUCCCUGGCCCAGAUGCCUUGGGACAUGUUCAGGGGCAAGAUACCUCUCAGCAGCAGCACAGGGAGCUUUUGCGACUGGGCCCUCAGACGAAUAGUGCAAAUAAGUACAAGCCAGGAGGGCGAUGAGCCAUUGAGGGCUGUGGCUUAGGGGGCAGGACAUCUGCUUGGCAUGCAGAAGCUCCCCGGCUUGAGCCCUGCUGGCAUCUCCAGGUCACUGGGAAAGGCUCCCCUGCUCAAAUCCUGGAGAGCCUCUGCAGGCAGUCACUGCAGGCAAUCUGGUCUUGUAUUUUCAUACCGUGAACCCCCUGAGAUCUGUGGAUGAAGCGUGGGACACAAACUUAAUAGAAUAAUCCAAUCAAUCAAUCAAUCAAUCAAUCAAUCAAUCAAUCGUGCUGUUCUGCUUGGCUCUGCAUCCCCAGCAGCCUGUCCAGGCCUGGGCAGAGUUGGCCUUGGGGAAGUUGCCCCCUUCCUUCCGCACGCCAUCCUGCCUGGGGAAAGUGGGCUGGGCUGAGUCCUCCUGUCCUGCUCUCUCCCCCCCUCCUGCAGAGCGGUCAAGAUCUCAGCCAAGUUGAUGGGCCACGUGAUGGCCAAGCGGGUCAAGGCCACGAUCCUGUACGCCUCCGAGACGGGGAAGUCGCAGGCCUACGCCCUGAAGCUGAAGCAGCUCUUCAAGGGCUCCUUUGCCCCCCAGGUGGGCCCAGCGCACGGCGGGGGGGGGGGCGUCAGCAGCUGGGGUGGGUGCUCACUGCUCCUUUGCCUCCUGAUGCCCACAGAGCACAUGAAGCGAGGCGACACUCCCCCCCCAGGUGGCAAGGAGUUCCCCAGGCGAAGUGUGCCAGCAGUGGCGUGUUUCUUGCCCCGUGAUUGGCAAGGCUCAUGGUGGAACUGGAGUGUGUAAUAGCAAAAAAGAAAUUAGAUAUAAUUUGUCUCCAAGAGACACAUAUUGCAAAAAAGCACUUCCAUUGAAGGCAAUAAUUCACUUUGGGUGGGUGGGGGUCAAGGUCAACCUUAAGAACAUAAGAAGCGUCUUGCUGGAUCAGGCAGUGGCCCCCCUGGUCCAGCCUCCUGGUCUCACAGUGACCAAAUCCCCCGAGAACCUAGGAAUCAAGAUAGACUGCCUCUGGUCUGGAGGUUUCACCCUGGAGGGUCCAUAAGAAGAGAAGAGCCCGGCCAAAGGGUCCCCACCUGGUGCAGCAUCCUGUUCUCACAGGGGCCCCAAAGUGAAACCCAAAGCAGGAUCAAGCCCAGGAAUACGACUUAACAUUAUUACUUACUAUUAUUUUGCACCGUGUGUGCAGGAGCCCCCGCCCCAAUCCAGCCCUGUUCCCAGCAGUUGAUGCUUGGCGCAUCGCUGUCUCCAGAUGCAGCCGGCAGAGCAGAGCCCUCCUGGCUCCAGGUCUCCAGCGAGCUCACAAGCUGCCCCUUGGGGGGCAACAGAGGGUGGAAGCAUUUGAGGGCCCCCCUCACCCUCCUGACCCCCCUGGCGCUUCCCGGCAGGUGGUCUGCAUGGACGAAUACGACGUCGUUUCCCUGGAGCACGAGACCCUCGUCCUGGUGGUGACCAGCACCUUUGGCAACGGAGACCCCCCCGAGAAUGGCGAGGUGACGCUGGCUUCUCCCCCUUUUCCCCGAGACUCCCAAGUGGGGCUGAGAGUCCAAAGCUCUGCCGGGGGGGGCAGCCUCCCUCAACCUGGCACCCUUGGCAUGUACUGGAACCUAAAUCCAGAUCCGUUGGGUGGUGGGUUGGGCUGUCACCUAUCAGGGAUUCUCUCACUGCAAUUCCUGCAUUGGGGGGGCGCUGGGAGUGUAAACGAUCAUCAGACUUCGAAAAGCUGGUGUCUCCGGAUAAAAUGCCUUUGUUCUGUUGAAUAAAUAAAACUAAGUGGUUUUAAUUGGAUUUUGAAUAGAUGUGCAAUUAAUUGUGCCUCUUCUGAAUUUUAUCAUGCUGUUCUGCAAACCGCUGCUCUGAUUAAGUCUUUUUUGUAGGGCGGGGGGGGGGCGCACUGGGGAUGAGCUGAGGACCUGGGAUAGCUCCAUCUGUAGAGCAGCAGACUCUUCAUCUCAGGGUCACGCGUUUGAGUCCCCCAUUGAAGCAAAAGACUCCUGCAUUGCAGGGGGUUGGACUGGAUGACCUUCAGGGUCCCUUCCAACUCUAGGGAUGGGUGUGGCCUCCCAAAAAUUGGGGUCCCACUCAGUGCUGGGCUGACUUAGGUCUGGUCUGCUCCCCCUGAAGUGAUUUGACAUUAAAGGCAUGUAUACAAAAGCAAUUUCAAAUGCAGAACAUACAGGCUGAGAUAAAAAUCUCCAUUUAGAAUCAUAGAGUUGGCCGGGAUCCCCAAAGGUCCUCUAGUCCAACGCGCUGUGAUGCAGGAAGCAGAGCUUGAAAAAUCCCUGAUCGAUGGGCACUCAGCCUCCGCUGAAAACCCCCCCAUGAGGUUUUGAAAAGGCAGUGGAAAUGGUGCCUUCAUGGCCCACUUCAGGCCUGGGGCUGAUGGACGCCCUUUUCAGUGGGGUGUGGGAGGGGGGAAUUGGGUUUGUGGUUGUUUUUACUACGUAGUUUGUGGUCAUUUAUGGUGUGAACUGCCCUGGGAGCUAUACAAAUGUAGUAGUAGUAGUAGUAGCAACAACAACAGCAACAACAACGAUAAUAAUAGAUGAGCUGGUCCUUCUCAGAUUGGCUCUCUCAUGAGCAGAGACUGGAAUUUGUGCACAAUUAUUGUACUUCUGAACAUCUGCUCAACUGUUCUCCUUUUCACCACCAUUGCACCUCCCCUAUCUGAGCAGAAUUGAGCCCUGGCCCCUCUUCUGAACCACCUUGAGACCUUCGAGUUUGGGCGGUAUAUAAAUUCAGUCAAUGAUAAAGACCAUCUGCUUGGCUUGGUCCUCACUUGGUUGCCUCCCUGCCUUUCUCUCUCCCCGCAGAGAUUUGCCCGCGCCUUGAUGGAGAUGUCCUGCCCUUACCUUGCAGACGCGGAGCCUGAGCUACAAAAGUAAGUCCUACCCAGAGGAAGCUCCGCUUUCCUCCUUUGCCUCUUCCUCUCCUGCGGAUCCAGACCCUCCUCCCCACAAUCUCGCUCUGCCUGUUUCCUAUCUUGCAGUUUAUUUAGAGGAAGCAACUUGGAGGCGGUUGUGACUUUGCAGGCGCACUCCGAGUCUCGGAGGUUACAGUGGCAGGUUGGCAAAGGGUGCCUCUGCCCGUCUUGUCUUGUGGAUCUGCCAGGAUUUGGCUGCCCUCUCUGCCCGGCAAGAGAGUCGAAGGGUCUUCCAGACCUUCAGGCUUUGCUCCCGGCCUCUGGAUGUCUCUUUUCUUUAAGCUGAAAGCUGCCUCUUUGACCUCCCUCCUCCCCACCCACGACCUCGACUUGGUCUCUUUCUGCCUGGAGGAAAGGGCACCCCUUCCUUUGAUGCCUGCCCUCAUUAGUGUCAUAAUCUACGGAGCUAAUUAACUUUGCUGCCCACGGGGGAAGCGGCUCUGAUUGGCGCCUGGACCCGGGUACGGGAUGAGGCCGGUGCAUCAAGCUGCCAGGGAACAUCGCAGAUGAAAGGCACUUUGGCCUCACCCUGCCUCUCUCUGCUGCCCCCCCCCAAGACAGAGCAUCCUCUGUGCAGCUGGUCCCAGGUCCUGACUUGCCACCAGCUGAAAGCGCCUCUUGGCCCCAAGGGAGGGCUGGGGGGCCCCUGAAGCCAGAGUGAUCUCUGUCCCUGGAUGCGUAAGAAAAGCCUGCAGGAUCAGGCCAGAGGAGGCCCAUCUAGUCCAGCAUCCUCUUCUACCAGUGAUGAGGAGGCAAGAAUGAUGCCUCUCAGCUUUGACACCUCCCUGGAAAGAAAAGGAGAGAGCAGUGCUUAGGGGGCCCAUUGUCGUGCCCAAUGCAAGGUGGUUCUUUUAAAAUUAGAUUCAGAAGCAAUACAAACACAAGUGAGUGAGAAGAUUAAAGAUUUUAUUCUAAACAGCAAGCAUUAUAUACAUUACUAAGCAGCACUUUGAUCUGCCACUGGGAAGCCCUCAAGAAGUGGCAAAGUGACCUCCAGGCAGUCUCCAGUUUUUUGCACGACCCCCCGGCCAUGGGUUCACGCAGGGGUUUCUCAGAACUAUGCCCCCAGACCAUCUGAUUUAUAGAUAGCUAACUUGUUAUCUUUUAACUUAUAGAUAACUUAUAGAUAGCUAACUAGGGACGCGGGUGGCGCUGUGGUCUAAACCACAGAGCCUAGGACUUGCCGAUCGGAAGGUCGGCGGUUCGAAUCCCCGCGACAGGGUGAGCUCCCGUUGCUCGGUCCCUGCUCCUGCCAACCUAGCAGUUCGAAAGCACGUCAAAGUGCAAGUAGAUAAAUAGGUAUCGCUCCGGCGGGAAGGUAAAUGGCGUUUCUGUGCGCUGCUCUGGUUCGCCAGAAGUGGCUUAGUCCUGCUGGCCACAUGACCCGGAAGCUGUACGCCGGCUCCCUUGGCCAGUAAAGCGAGAUGAGCACCGCAACCCCAGAGUCGUCUGCGACUGGACCUAAUGGUCAGGGGUCCCUUUACCUUUACCUAACUUGUUAGCCUCCAUGCCUUGCCUGACUAGCUAGUGCAGAUUAUUAAUUAGCUAUCCCCCUCUUCCAGUACCGCACAUUCCUCCAAACAAUGUCUAACACCCUGCAUCAUCACUUCCUUCCAGCAAAUUCAAGGCUGUUCUCAGGCAUCAAAGAGCAGAACAAGAGACAGGGAGGGGAAGGAAACAGAGGCAGGAAGAGAUGACCAUGCUAGAUCACUGUUUCCUCAAAGUACAGUGGACCCUCUGGAUACGGAUUUAAUUCGUUCUGGGGGUCCGUGUGCACCCCAAAAAAACCGUAACCAGAGGCGCCACUUCUGUGCACGUGAGCUGCGCGCAGAGUGCUUUGCGCAUCUACAAGCAGCGAAACCCGGAAAAAUACUUCUGGGUUUGCUGCUUUCGCAGCCCAAAAAUUAUGUCUCCAGAGAGAUACAUAAGCUGAGGGUCCACUGUACAAAUAUCUUCCGGAAAAGAUUGCCCAUAUACCCAUCUAAUCAGAGAAUCAUCGGCUGGUCCACUCGAUGCCCCCAAGGGAAACCUGCGAGUAGGACGCGAGUGCGAGAGCAGCCCCUCUCCUCCCAGGGUUUCCAGCAACUGGGCUUCAGAAUCGUCUGUGAAGGCAGACCUGGGGGGGGGCUGGGGGGCAGCUGGUGGUGGCGCUUGCUGCCCCUUCUCCUCUCUCUUCCUGCAGGAGCUACAAGAUGCGCUUCAACAGCAUCUCUCAAUCCGACGCGUCAGUAGCUGCGUGGAAGACCAAGAGGAGGGCGUCCAGCAACACGGACAGCGCAGGUGCCCUGGGGACCCUCCGGUAAGGCGCCCAGGAAGGAGGGAGGGUCGGAUCCUGCUUCCUCAAAGAGCAGAGCCCUGCAGGCAGGGAUCCUGCUUCUGGGGCAGGAUGCACAGAGGAAGGCAGCUUCCACGGAGGCGCUUAGGGGGCAGCAGCCAUGCCUUGCCCAGGCCCCCACCAGCCAUCUCCCUGCACCUUCACCAGGGCAGCAGCCCAGCAAUGGCACAAAUGCCCAGCUGGGCAGCAGAACCUCCUUGUUGGUGGGAGCCAUUGCAAAGGCCAGGAUCUUCCUUGGCAAAACCUGCAUUUUCCUCCUCCUCCUCCUUGGCAGAAGCCAAGCCAUCUUCUCCCCCCCCCCCCCCGCCCACCUUGUCCCUCCCCAGCCCUUGAGGUACAGAUGUACCAAAUGCCUCUGACCCUCUAGCCAGGCUGGCCAGAAGCCCCCUCCUCCGCUUGCCCUCUGAGCUGAAGCCCAGCCCCACUUCUCAGGGCCGCGCCUGGGCGUCCGUCUCCUUGGGCGUCAUUUUGUGCUGAAAUGCCGGGAAGCUGAGCGGCAAAAGGACUUGACAGCCGCAGGAGGGCUGGUGCUGAGCUGAGCACAGGGAAAUCGAUAUUGUCGUGACCGGCUUUUAAUGGGCCGAGUUCAGGUGGUCCAGACCAAACUUUAAUUCAAUACAGGCCAUAUUAAAAUUUAACAGUUGUUUUGUUUUAUUGGACCAUUCUUUCCCCUAAGCUCUUGGGACAGAGCAAGUUUACUGGCUGUUUAUUAGUGGGAGGAGGAGCCAAAUUAAUGAAAAUUGGAAAGAAAAAGGCCGUGUGGGUUUUGAAACUGAGCGAGAUUGGGCCAAAAGGCUGCCAGGGGAGCCCAGCCCAUUCGGAAGAACUUUCUUGCAGUAAAAGCUGCUGGGUGGUGGGAUGGGCUCCCUUGGAAGACGGAGGGCUGUCCUUCACUGGAGAUUCUUAAGCAGAGAUUGAUCUUGAACUGUGGUUCCUGCAUUGGGCGGGGCUGGACUAGAUGAGCCUUGGGGGUCCCUUCCAACUCUACCUUCUAGGAUUCUGGGACUUGCUUGGCAGAGUCCCGCUGAGCUGCAGACUCCUUCUGGCUGGCCUUGGAGGUGCCCAGCUGGCAAAGGGCCUCUUGACUCCUGAGGGAGGGGGCAGAGCCUGGCCCCCCACCCUGCCCCCCUCACCCUGCCUGUCUCCUCCUCCUCCUCCUUUCCAGGUUUGCCGUCUUUGGGCUGGGCUCCCGGGCCUACCUGCACUUCUGUGCCUUUGCCCACGCCGUGGACACGCGCCUGGAGGAGCUGGGGGGCGAGCGGAUCCUGCCCAUGGGCGAGGGGGACGAGCUCUGCGGCCAGGAGGAGUCCUUCCGCACCUGGGCCAUGGACGUCUUCAAGGUGGCCGCCCUGCAAGGGGGCGUUGUGUGUAUGGGGGGGCGCUUUGGGAGUCAAGAGCAACAAUCUGCAAUGUAGAGGGUGUGUGUGUGAGAGAGAGAGAGAGAGGGGCAGGAAGCAGAUUUUCCUACUCUGGAGUAAGCUGCUUGAGGCUCCAAAGCGGUAUUUUAUUUAUCAUGAAAUGUAUAUGCCUCUUGAAUUGUUUAAAAAACCAAAACCCCAAAAAACCAAAAAUGAAAACCUCAAAGAUAAAACCACAAUUUUUUUUUGCAAAACUUUGAAAAAAAUAAUAAUUUAUUUUUUAUACCCUGCCCAUCUGGCUGGGUUUCCCCAGCCACUCUGAGCAGCUUCCAAAAAAAAAUAAUACUAAAAGCACAAUAAAACAUCAAAAACUUCCCUAAAUAGGGCUGCCUUCAGAUGUCUUCUAAAAGUCAGAUAGUUGUUUAUUACCUUAACAUCUGGAGGGAGAGCAUUCCAUAGAGAGGGUGCCGCUACCGAGAAGGCCCUCUGCCUGGCUCCCUGUAACCUCACUUCUCACACUAAAAUAUAAAGCACUAAAACAGAUUAAAAUUAGCGUCUGGAAAGGUUUGUCUAAACAAGACCAUAUUUAAAUAACUUCCCUGGAUGGUCACUGCAGCCCGAGAGCAGCCCGAUUGUCGUGAUCAUUUAACAGGCCAGCUUUAUUCUUUGUGGAAAUCCUGACUGGGUCUCCAGCCGGCUGCCCUUCCACAUUGCCCCACAGACAAAUCCAGGAGGCGGGGGCUCUGGGGGCUCCUUGCCAAGGUGGCUGAGCUCUGUCUCUCCAGUCGGAGGCAGCAGGGCUUCUAAAGGGCAGUUGCUGGAAAGCGCAGGAGGGGAGAGUUGCUCUUGGGUUCGAAUCCUGCUUGCAGGUUUCCCACCUGUUUGGCCACUGAGGGAAGUGGAGGCUGGACCAGGUGGGCCAUGGUCCUGAUCCAGCCCCCCCAGGGAUCUUCUCAUGUCCUGCGCCACAAUCCCUUUUUUGCUGUGUGUGUGGAUGGACAGGGAGGGAGAGGGUGCCUCUUUGGGGACUGCUGGAAAGCACUGACCUUUUGGAUAUAUUGAGUUGCUAGAGAUGCCCCCUCCCCUCUUGCAAGCCCCUCCCCUCUUGCAAGCCCCUCCCCUCUCGCAAGCCCCUCCCCUCUCAGCUCCUCCUUGGAGGGGCUCUUGCAGGUUGAAUGGAUGCUGAGCUUUGCUGGCCUGGAGUGUGGGGUGCUGGUGCCACCUGGUGGUCAGCUGGGGAAUGGCACUGCCUGCUUGCUUGCUUGCUCCGGGGUCUCCCUUGGCUGGGAUGGAAGCCCCUGUCCCUCCAUGUUGAGCAGAGGGAGAAGGUGCCCCAUCCCUGCCAGCCCCACAGCAAUGUUCCUCUUCCCCACCUUCCCAAGUGGGCAGCUGUGUCCUGCAUCCCUUGGGGUCCCUCCCAGCCCCACGAUCCUGCGCCCUCCCCAGAGAGCAAGUCCUCCCUCCCUCCUGACCCUCGUCUCCCCACAGGCCGCCUGUGACACUUUCUGCGUGGACUCCCAAGUGGUCGGCACAGAGGUCUUCAACAGCCCCUGUCACUGGAAGCGCAGUCGCUUCCGCCUGGUGGUUCACCCAGCGGCCCUGGACCUCCUGCCAGGUACGUGUCGGGCGGUGGAUCAUGGCCUUCUGCUGCGCCCAGCGGAUGCCCUCCUGCUGGUGCUCUGCCCAGGGACCAGCCCUGCCCUCGCUUACCCCAAAGAUUGUGCAUCUUCCCCUCCGCUGACCCUUGUGGAAGCAGAAUGCCGGGUCUGGGGUCUGCGCCUGAGACAUAUCUGCAUCUUGUAGAUCACCCAUUAGUGUAAUAAAAAAAAAAGCCAACAGGAAAGUGGCAGAAAAGGGGGCACAAGUGUGGCAUGUGGAAGGUUUUUGACCAGCAACGUAGUUUUCCCAGCAGAGCUAAUUUUGGGGGGCAUCUUACUAACCAGAAUGUGAUGACUUGCACAUCCCCAUCAAAGCUGUGAAGCCUUGUAUGCAAGCAGAACGCCCUGGCGGGGGGCAUCAGAAGAGCUUAGCUGGGGAGGGGGUUCUUCUCCAAUGCAAUUGCCUUGAAGCUAAGGCCUGGCUUUUCUUCCACACCCCAGAGAAGCCCCCUUACUUUGGGCUCUGCCCCCCUCCCCCCAUGCCGGGGGGGGCAUUGAUAAUAUGCCAGCCUAAGCAAGGACAAAACUUGGCACCACUUGCGAAAUGUUUCUUAUUUUCUCAAUAAUUGCUUCCGGUACAGUAGCUUUCUUAUGGAUUCUCUCAUUGGGUACCCAUAUAAAUUAAGGUGGUGGUUGUUGCUACUACUAUUAUUUUGCACUCCCUUGGCUCAGCACCCUGUGGCACUGCCUGUGCCCCCACCCAAGGGGUCCUGAGGGGCCCUCCAGUCAGUGCUUAAUGCCUCCAAGGAGAGGUGUGGGGCUGACAGGAGCCACAAGCCCAGAAACCCUGUGAGGAGGUGGGGCAAGUUGUUCCAUCACGUGGGGCAGGGAGGCACAUCCUCAGAGGCCCCACUUUCGGGUUUCUUUGCAUGGGCUCCACAUUUUGCUUCCUUGUCCCCCACAGAGACCUUUCUCCCUGCUCCACUGCCAAAUUUGGAAAAGCCAAGCUUGAAACAUCUCCCUGCCUCCACCUUGACCCUUUGAGUUUCUCCCCCUUCAGGCCUGACCCUCGUCCACAAGCGCAAUGUCGUUCCGUCCCACAUCCUCUCCGUCAAGAACCUGCAGAGCCCAGAAUCCAGGUGAGAGUCAAACCAGGACGGUUGGCGCUCAUCCCAAUUUGGCGGGCGCUUCUCCCUCUUGCAGCCCCCAGCCAAGGGGGCCUGAUUUCCACCAGCAUUUGGGGUUGGGGGUUCCUGGCUGCCUUGUGCACAGGCCACUGCCUUCCUGCUGCCCCCCCUCCCCCCAGGGCUGACCGCUCUUCUCCUUUCCCCCAUUGCAGCCGCUCCACCAUCCUGGUGCAGCUGCAGACGGGGGACCAGCCAGAGCUGGCCUACCAGCCGGGGGACCACGUGGGCAUCUUCCCCGCCAACAACGCGGAGCUGGUGGAUGCCAUCCUGCAGCGAGUGGAGGACCCGCCCCCUGCCAACGAGGCCGUCACCGUGGAAACCUUGGAGGCGGGAGAGAGUGAGUGGCCACCUGUGCCCAGACGGGCCUGGCCAGUGCCGAAUGGGGAAGCCCUCCAGGGCAUUGUGGGGCAAAGAAGGGGGCCCUCUCCUAGGGCCCAGACCAGGGUGCUGCCUUUCCAGUCCUGUAUCUUUUUAUACUGCAGUUGCUCUGCUUUAUUUCUGGCUGUGUUUUCACUGGGCACACACACACACAAGAAAGAUUGAGAAUUAAAUCUGUCAAUUAAGAUUUAAACCUCCUGUUCCACAUGUGUGGGAGAAAUACGAGAGUAAACAGGCUGUGAAGCCCUUUUAGCAAAGAAAAACACUUAGGUGCUUUGCAGUUUACUGGAAGCUAUGAAUUAGUCAAAUACACCUUUUUGUUCCUGUUUAUUUGUGGUUUGCUGACCUUUCCCCUCUUUGUCCUCAUUGCUAAAAGCGAAGCACACAUUUUUGUAAGAUAGACAAAAAGGUUUACUUACAUUUCAACGCAGGCAGCAAAUACACCCCACUCCGCUGGCCACCUUCCAGCUUGUCAGUGCCCUUCUUAAACUGUGGCGCCCAGAGCUGGACACGGGACCCGAGGCUGGCCACUGUGGACUAGUCGGGCCCUUGGCCUGAUCCUGCAGGCUCUCCUUAUGGUUUUUAGAAGUGUCUAGAUGAGCCAGUAUGGGCUCACCAGUAAUGACUGAUACUUUGUCAAUGCUGCAGCUCCUCUUUGUGGCUGCAGUGAGCAAACUGGACUGAUCUCCUUGAGGGGCCCUGCAGGUGGAUGCUGGCUCCUCCCCCUCCCCCUCCCGGCACACACCUUUCUCCGCUGUUGGAUGCCCACCUGUCCUGGAUGUUUUAGCUGUGAUUCCUGCCUUGCAGGGGCUUGGCCUAGAUGACCCUUGGGGGUCGCUUCCAACUCCACCAUUCUACCAUUCGGUGGUGGUGAAGCCUGACUAAAAGCCUUUUGAGCUGCUUGGCAGCUGGAAGUUCCUGCGGCCGCUGAGUCUCUCCCUCCUGCUUCUCCUCCUCAGGCCCAAAGCGCUUGUGGGUCCCCAGCCCCCGCCUGCCCCCCUGCACGCUGCGCCAGGCGCUCACCUUCUUCCUGGACCUCACGACGCCCCCCAGCGCCCAGCUGCUCCAGAUCCUGUCCACGCUGGCAGAAGACCCGGCCGAGAGGGAGAAGCUGCAGCGGCUGGGAGAGGUAGGGGGCUGCGUAAGAGGGGUGGAAAUGGGUAUUCUUCCCCUCCCACCACACGACCUUGAAGCUGGGGGGUUGUGCGUUAUGGACCCCUUUAUCUCUAACACACACACAGAGCCCACCCUGCUUAGCUCGCCUCCUGUGUCUCAGAUGCGCCAGCCUGCGGAACUCCCUCCCACCUGAGAUUAGACACCCUCCCCAUGACUAAGGCACAUGACGAAGACUUUCUUGUUCCAGCGGGUGUCUUAACCUACCAUAUUUUUCGCUCUGUAAGACUCACCAGACCAUAAGACGCACCUAGUUUUUGGAGGAGGAAAACAAGAAAAAAAAAAAUCCUGAAUCCCAGAAGCCAGAACAGCAAGAGGGAUCUUGCUGUCCUGGCUUCUGGCUUAGCGGUGCGAAGCCUCUCCCGGGCAGCAGGAGGAAGGCUCCCCCAAGAGCUGCGCUCCCUUUAAAGAGCACGUGGAGCGUUUGUGCUGCUCUUGGGGGUUUUCCCCCGAGGGGAAAAGCCCCCAAGAGCCGCACACAUGCUUCACGCGGCUCUUUAAAGGGAGCGCUGAGCAGAGCCUCCCGCCUGCAUUCACUCUAUAGGAUGCACACACAUUUCCCCUUACUUUUUAGGAGGGGAAAAGUGUGUCUUAUAGAGCGAAAAAUGCGGUAUUUCAUUUCCCCCCCACCUAUUCCUACAAGGAGCUCAAGGGGGCAGACAGGGCUGUUCUCCCCAUCCCCACUUCAUCCCCGCCACAACCCUGAGAGGGAGGCAGAGACUGGCCUAAGGUCACCCAGGGAGAUUCACGGCUGAGCGGGGGGUGGGAUUUGAACCUGGUCUCUCCCAGGCCUGACACUCUAACUGCUAAGCGCCACUGCCUCUCCCUGCCCUCCUUGGGCUUGGGGCGGGGCUCCUCCUUUUCCACCUCUGCUCUUGCCCCCGCAGGACUCCCUCCUGUACGAGGAGUGGAAGUGGUUCCGCUGCCCCACCCUGGAGGAGGUGCUGGAGGAGUUUCCCUCGGUGCCGCUGCCGCCCUCGCUGCUCCUCACCCAGCUGCCCCUGCUCAAGCCACGCUACUACUCCCUCAGCUCAGCGCCCAGCGCCCACCCGGGGGAGAUGCACCUCACCGUGGCCGUGCUCAACUACCACAGCCAGAGUGAGUAUUUUUUGGGGGGGGGUUGGGCUAGAUGGCCUUUGGGGUCCCUUCCAACUCUGCAAUCUUGUGAUUCUAAGGGGACAGUCGGUCGCAGGGGUGACCUUGGCCACCUGGGGAGGGGGAAGGCAGUCUCAUUUGGGGGGGGGUUGCCAUCUGAUGGGGGUGGGGAGGAGGACCUCCCAGGCCGCCUCUCAUUUUGCUCCCCGCCUCCCCCGCUUUGCUCCACAGACGGCAAGGGGCCCCUUCACUUCGGCGUUUGUUCCACGUGGCUGUCAAAGCUGGCGCCUGGCGAGAUGGUGCCGGUUUUCGUCCGAGGGUAAGGGGUCUGGGGGGGGGUUGGGCUUGGACCUUGAAGGAGCAGCUCUAUCCAAAGGUUCCCUCUGGCCUUAGCAAGGCGUCCCAGAGGAAGGGAGCCAGACUCCCCACCUGCUUUCCCAGAGAAAGAGGCACACGCGGUUGAGCCGCCAGAAAAGAAUGUCUCUCCUGCUCUUGUGGACGUCACACAAAGCUCAUGUUGGAAGAAAGCCCUUCUUCACAUGUUACACCCACAACACAGAGUCGGACUGUGGAACUCCCUCCCCCAACCUUUCUCCUCCUCCUCCUCCAUGAAUUUUUCCAAUCCUCUACCUGCCCGCGGACUGUCUCGCCAGAGUGGUGCAUGCUCUAGUUAUCUCCUGCUUGGACUACUGCAAUGGGCUCUACGUGGGGCUCCCUUUGAAGGUGACCCGGAAACUACAACUAAUCCAGAAUGUGGCAGCUAGACUGGUGACUGGGAGCAUCUGCCGAGACCACAUAACACAUAACACUGGUCUUGAAAGGCCUACACUGGCUCCCAGUAUGUUUCCGAGCACAAGUCAGUGUUGGUGCUGACCUUGAAAGCCCUAAAUGGCCUCCAUCCAGUAUAUCUGAAGGAGCGUCUCCACCUCCAUCAUUCUGCCCGGACACUGAGGUCCAGUGCCGAGGGCCUUCUGGCGGUUCCCUUGCUGCGAGAAGCCAAGUUACAGGCAGAGGGCCUUCUCGGUAGUGGCACCCGCCCCAUGGAAUGCCCUCCCACCAGACGUCAAAGAGAAAAAUAACCACCAAACUUUUAGAAGACAUCUGAAAGCAGCCCUGUUUAGGGAAGCUUUUAAUGUUUAAUAGGUUAUUGUAUUUUAGUGUUAGGUUGGAAGCCGCCGAGUGGCUGAGGAAACCCAGCCAGAUGGGUGGGGUAUAAAUAAUAAAUUAUUAUUAUUAUUAUUAUUAUUAUUAUUAUUAUUGCCACCCAGGUUGGUGGUCAUUGCUGCCCCCUGUGGCAGGGAGUUCUGCAGUCUGUGUUGCAUGAAAAAGCCCUUCCUUUUUGCCUGGGCUGAAUCUUCCAGUGCUCAGCUUCCGGGCUCCCCUCCUGUCACCCGCCAGGCAAGUGACUCUUGGUGUCUCUGCCCCACAGCGCCCCCAACUUCCAGCUGCCCCAGGACCCCGCAGCCCCCUGCAUCCUGGUGGGGCCUGGCACCGGCAUCGCCCCCUUCCGGAGCUUCUGGCAGCAGCGGCUGCAUGGCCUGGAGGCCGAAGGUGGGUCAGGCGGGCCGGGGAGGCUUUGGGCUGGGGGCGGGUGGCCUUUGCCUCUCCCAGCCCUGAUCCCCUCCUGCCCCACACAGGGCUCCCCCCGGGCGAGAUGACGCUGGUCUUUGGCUGCCGCAGCUCCCGCCACGACCACAUCUACAAGGAGGAGGUGCAGGAGGCGCAGCAGAAAGGGGUCCUCAGCCGCGUCCUCACCUGCUUCUCCCGCGACCCAGAUUACCCCAAGGUAAGAAUAUGGGAAUUGGGGGGGGGGAGCCCCCUGUCUCCAGCCAGGGGCCCAUCUGCUCCAGCAGCCUCUUCUCGCACUGCAAGAGCAGCCCUGUCCUCCUGGGAGAGGCCUCCUCAACCUCAGCCCUCCAGAUGUUUCUGGCCUACAACUCCCAUGAUCCUUAGCUAGCAGGACCAGUGGUCAGGGAUGAUGGGAACUGUAGUCUCAAAACAUCUGUCCUGGGGCUCCCUGCUUCCUGUGGAGGGAAGGACUUCCUUUUACCUGCCCUGAAUCUUCCAGCCUGCAGCUUCACUGGAAGUCUACUAGUUUUAGCAUAAGAGAUGGAGAAAAAAUCCCUUCUGCUUUCUCCAGGCUCUGCCUAAUUUUAUAACUUCUCUCCUGUGGGAGGGAGUUCCACAGUUUAACUCCUCCUCCGCCCUCCAGUCUGUUCUGGGCCAGGAGGUCCAAGGCAGCCUCCACAAAACAAGGCUGGCGGCCAACGGGGACCCCUUCCGAUCUGCUUUAAGUGCAAGAAAGGAGAUUCUUGUGAAACACGAGGAAGACCUUUCUGGCAGUCAGAGCUGUUUGACAGCAGAACGGUUUCCCUCGGGAGAUGGGGGCCUCUCCUUCCUUGGAGGUUUUUAAGCAGAGGUUGGAUGGCCAUCUGUUGCGGAUUCUUGAGCUGUGAUCCCUGCCUUGCAGCAGGCGGGACCGCUAGAUGAUCCCUUGGGAUCCCUCCAAUUCUACAGUUCUAUCAUUCUCAGGCUGUUCUGUGUCAGGAAGGCUAAGGGCAGCCUCUGUAAAACCAGGCUGGCCAAGGAGGCCAGUGCAGUUCCAGCGCCCCCGCCCCCCCCCAGUGAGCAGUGGAAAUAAUAAAAUGGGGGGGGGGCUCUGGGUAGGCAGAUAUCAGCCACCCCCAUCCAGCCUUUCCAGGCAGACUUGGGGGGGGGGGGGUUGGGGGGGGACAGAAGGUGGUUCAUGCCUGUGCUUUGGCAGCCCUGAUCCCAGAUCCCCAAGGAGCAGCUGCAAUUCCUCAGCAAAGAGGGAGUGGCGCUCUGCUUAUGCUCAGGGGAGCACUGGUUUUCCCUCUUCCCGCAGACAUAUGUUCAGGACCUGCUGCGUUUGGAGCUGCCCAGCUACGUCCACGAGGUCCUUUGCCAGAGGGGGGGCCACAUGUACGUCUGCGGGGAUGUCACCAUGGCAACGGGGGUCCUGCAGACCGUCCAACAGAUCCUGGCCAAGGAGGGUGGCAUGACGCUGGCGGAGGCCGGGGACAAGAUCAGCGAACUCCAGGUGAGGGAGGAAGGGGAGCAGCCCCCCAGUCAGACCCCAGCGCUGGAGGCAGAGCGCAGGCAGGCUGCCCAGGGCAGGGUCUUACGGGGGGUGGCCCCUUUGGGUCACAGCAAGUGUAUCAGCAGCACCAAAUUGUGGAGCUGCCCUCCUUCCCUGCAGCGCUGGGGGCUGGACCAAUGACCAUUGGGGGUCCCUUCCAACGAGGUGCCCUGGGGGGGGGGGAGCAUCUGCAUGGGUAGGAUCUGACGCUGCCUCUUUCUCUCCCAGGACCAGAACCGCUACCACGAAGACAUCUUUGGCCUGACCUUCCGCACGCAAGAGGUGGCCUCGCUCAUCCGCAGCCAGUCCAUCUCCCAGCAGAAGCGCCAGUCCUUGCUCAGCCUCACCCCCUCCCUCUGA